AUGACAGGAAUUCAAAGAAAAUGGUGGAAAGAAGCUACCGUGUACCAAAUUUAUCCAGCAAGUUUCAAAGACAGUAACGAUGACGGAUGGGGUGAUCUGCCGGGCAUUACUUCGAAGCUGGACUAUUUCAAAUAUCUUGGAAUCGACACUAUUUGGAUCUGUCCUUUUUACGAUUCCCCACAACAGGAUAUGGGCUACGACAUUUCGGACUACGAAAAAGUUUGGCCUCGCUACGGUACCAAUGAAGACUGUUUCGAACUAAUCGAAAAAGCACACCACAACGGUAUUAAAGUGGUGGUCGACCUGGUGAUCAACCAUUGCUCUACUGAGCACAAAUGGUUUAAAGAAUCGCGCUCUUCCAAGACCAAUGCAAAGCGCGAUUGGUUCAUUUGGAGACCUGCCAAAGGUUUCGACGCCGAUGGCAAACCAAUUCCACCCAAUAAUUGGUGCUCUUUCUUUGGCGGAUCAGCUUGGGAGUGGGACGAGAAAACCCAAGAGUUUUAUCUACAUUUAUUCGCCACAAAACAACCCGAUUUCAACUGGGAAAGCGAUGAGCUGCGGAGAAACUUGUACGACUCAUCCGCCGGGUUUUGGCUUCGCCACGGAGUCGAUGGCUUCCGUAUCGACACAGCGGGACUCUAUUCAAAAGUUGAUGGGCUUCCAGAUGCACCCAUUACCAACCCUGACAGCGAAUUGCAGUAUCCAGGUUCUGAGACCCGCAAUGGACCUCGAAUUCACGAAUUCCACAAAGAGUUGCGCCGUUAUUUCCAACAAUAGCUUCCACCCGGGAAAGAGAUUUUUACGGUGGGUGAAGUAGGCUCAUGUCCAGAUGAAGGCCUCUUGCGAUACACUAGCGACGGAGAAGGUGAGUUGAGCCAACUUUUCAACUUUGCGCACACGAAUGUGGGGUCUACUCCAUAUUAUCGGUACAGUGUGAACCCUUUUACUUUGAAAGAAUGGAAGCUGGGAAUUGCGGCGAGUUUCUUGUUUGCCAACCGUACAGACAGUUGGUCGACCGUUUACCUGGAGAAUCAUGACCAACCUCGCAGCGUGACAAGAUUCGGAGACGACUCCCCACAAUGGCGGGAGGUUUCUGCCAAACUUUUGGCAGUCUUGGAGAUUGCUCUUACUGGAACGCUAUAUAUCUACCAGGGCCAAGAGCUGGGUCAAAUCAAUAACAAGGGCUGGAGUUUGGACCAGUACGACGACGUUGACGUUAAAAAUAAAAGGGCUAUAAUACGGGAGAAAUAUGGGGAUGAUUCCUUGCAAAUGCAGAAGUUUGAAGAAGGAGUAGCUCUUUUUUCGCGCGACCACGCCAGAAAUCCAAUGCCCUGGUCCUCGAGAGAGCCUGACGCCGGGUUUGGUUUGCAUGGAGGCCAAGCUGCAGCCAAGCCUUGGCUGGCUCUCAACGACACUUUUCGGGAGGGCAUUAAUGUAGAAGACGAAAUGAAAGACCCUGAUUCGGUCAUGAACUUUUGGCGCAGCGCCAUUCAAGUACGGAAACACCACAGUGACAUUUUGGUGUACGGUCAGGAUUUCAAAUUUCACGACGUGGACCACCCGAAAUUGUUUAUGUUUACGAAGGAAAAUGGAGAACCCGGAACGACUCGCAACACGAUGUUUGCAGCCCUGAAUUUUUCGCCAGAGCCUUGCGAUUUUUCCACGCCAUGGCCAGACGCUGAAUUGACCCAAUUUUUCGGUAACUACGCUACACCCUCCAAUGUGAAAGACACUACUUUGAGACCAUGGGAGGGGAGACUAUUUUACGUCGCGUAG